AUGGCAAAGCGAUGUCUUUUGGAUUUGCUGUUAGGUUGUGCUUCGGAGUCAGAGCUGCAGGCUGCACAUCACGUGUUUGAACAUGAAAGAAAAACCAAGUUUGAAGGAGCUUGCACUGGCCUCCCUUACAACUUUCCUUUAUGUCGUGGAUGGAAUAAUUUGUCUUUGAAUGUAGCCGUAGUAGCUCAGGUGGGGUCGGGUCAUAUUGAGUCUGCGAAGCUUGUUCCUGAUGUGGCAAAACAUUUUGCUGUUGGUUUGGUUACAAUGCCGUGCAUUUGUGCGGGAGAAGAAGACAAAUACAGAGGAAAAGAAUAUGGGACAGUUGUGUUUGACAGCAGAACAACAACAGAAUGUGGAGGGUUAGGGAAGGAAGACCAAAUGGUUCAAUUUCAUGCUUGUUACAAGGAAUUAGACGAAUGUCUUUCUUCAGCAGCACUGAAUACGCUUUUUAGUCACAAGUGGUCAUCAUGUCUUCUUGCUGUAGCAUAUCGUACCAGUCCACGAUAUGUGAAGGAGCUGCUGUUAGAAUGUAUUUUAGAGAAAGAAGGCAUCACUAAGAGAAAACUUCUUACAGCUGUGGAAUCCAAACUUUUGGGUUUGACCAAACGUGACAGUGAUGAGGUGCUAGAGAAGAUGUGGAGAGAGCAUAAGCUAUUGGUAUAUGCAGGAGGCAAGCGAUGGGAAUACAAGGCAACUGAAGGAGAGUUGUUUGGAUCAGUCUUCAUCGACGCUGAGAGACUUGACAUAGCAAAAGUGAAUCAACGAAUGGCAGAUAAUGAUGUCAACGUUAUUGAUAAAGUUGCCCAUUCAUUCAUGGAACAAGCGACUCACAGUUUCAGUCUUAGAUUGCCUGUUGUGAUGACGGUAAUAUCUGGCUACCACACAGAAAGCUGCAAGCCAGUGUAUUUUGAAGCUUAUGCUGCUGCCACUCCACCUGCAUUUCUGAAAAAAGUUAUCACUAAAAAGAAGUCUGUGAUCAAGGUUGCAGUUGUUAGGCUAGUGAAGGCUCAGCUGUUUGAUUUGUCUGACAUGGUGGUUGACAAGUGGCAUGAUUUGGCUGGUCAUCUCAGCAUGAGCAGAUGUGAUCUUGAGAUGAUAGAACCGGAGGUUCAUACAAAGAAGGAACGAGCACGUAAGAUGCUAUACACACAGCGGUUGAUGCUAGGAGACAAUGCAACUAUAGAGAAAGUAAACGCUGAGCUAAAACAGAUUGAUCAUGAGCAGAAGAAGAAGAAAGUCAUUGCGAGUAUAGUGUUGUUGCUCAAUGAGGUAAUUGAAGAGAAGCAAUUUUGUGGUCGCAAGAAAGAGUUGACAAUUUUAUCCAACACACUGUGGGGAGAAAAAGCUCCACAGAUGUUUACGUCCUGUGUUGUGGUGAUCAAAAGAAUGAGCGGACGGGGGAAAUCACUUUUGGCAAACGCACUUAUGCACAAUCUCACAAGUUUCUCUUUAAGUUCACCUUCUGUUUUACGUUCUCCAAUUCGAUUUGUCUAUCGAAAGAGUCUAAAGAUUAAAUUACAAGACUGCAAAGCACCGCCACUUACAAAAAUUUCCGAGUGUUCUAAGAUGUUGUUGCUACAUGAUGUGCUUAUGGAAGCUAAUGUGACUCAACUUGCUGAUUUGAAAUGGUUGAGUGACAGGGAUAUUGAUGAGUUGAAUAUCAGUGAACGUGACGAAGAUGUAAAAAAUAGGAGAAAUUUUAUGAUGUCUUUUAGUCAUGCUCAUCUGCUAUUUCAUGUGGACCUUGAGUUGGUGGCAAGAGACAAUCCUAAAGCGUCAUCUCUUCUUGAAUAUGUAUCGUUUCUGUACAUUCCAGACAAGCUAGUUCUUCUUCGUGUGUUUAGUGAAUCUGCCAAGUAUGAAUACAGUUUGUGUGUCUCAACUUUGUCUUCACACAAUUUAGUUGAAUGGCACGAGACAGCAGAAGGUUACACUUUGAAUAUAUAUCCAUUGGGGCGGUCCACAAUGAUGAAACGUUUCAAGCAGCAGCAAGAUGAGCUAGUACGUAAACUAACUGAUAUUUGGAAAUCUAUGUUGUCUCAUCUGCCAGGCAAGCAAAUGGACUUAAUUUGUCUUUUAACUGAUGUACGAUUUCAACUUGCUUCUCGACCGUAUUCAUUGGCUAAGCAUGCUUUGCUAGCAGGUGUAGAAACAUCAACUUGGUUGGAGCUGGCUAUGAAUACAUGUAAUGCUUCUCUGCAGUUCCAGCCACUAGACUUAUGUCGAGAUUUGUGUGAAAUGUACCAUAAAGUGACACAUUUGCUCAGUUUUUCAUGUGUAUUUUUACGCUUUUCGCUUAUAAAAGCAACGGCUUUCUCUAGUAUGACAUAUUUUACCGGGAUGAUAAAGGCAUUAAGUUGGAAUCUGGAAGUCAAGAAGAUGAUUGAUAAGUUAAAACCAGAUGAGAAGAACAAAACAUAUAGACGUCAUAAACAUGGGAAGAUAAGACAGCUGAUAAUGUAUUUAAAGAAAGUGAGUGCAUCUGUAUUGUUCAAAAUUGCCGGAUCGUUACGAUACGGCAAAGAUGGUGUGCUGUUGAGGCAAAGGCCAAGACGAAUGUUGCAUCCAACAAGAUACUGUAACACGGAAGUUGGAAAUAGGUUGAUAUCAAGUGGUAUUUGGCAGACUCUUUGCGAAACCGUUAUUUUCGAUACUCCAGAAGCAGUCGCCUUUCUUUGUUCUGUGCAGAAACCUUUUUCUCUUGACUGGUUUGACAUGAUGUCGCAAUUUUGUGUCUGUUUACAUGACAGUGAAAGUCACCACCAGUCGAGAUACCCCCACCAUCGCCACGUGUUGCAUAUUCUUUGCUCGUGGGAGUUCCAUCGUGGCACGGCAAAGUAUCUAUUCUGUCAUAAUUCGAGUGACGUGGUCUCAUGGAUGAAAGAUGCGAGAGUGCAUUUGAUGGACACUAUAAGUGCUCGAACUGAUCCUCAUCAACAAACGAAACUAACAGAUUUCUGUUGCAGUUUUAAUUUAGGAGACGUCCGGAUAAAUUAUAUCCUUUAUCUGCUUUUCAGUUUCGACAUUGCCUAUGAGUCUUCAAUAUGGUUUAUUCACGAGGUGGAACGGAUUCUGUACUUCUCUAUACAGGCUUGCAAGGAUAUGUUACAUUUUGCGAAGGUUGACUGGAAUGAGAACGAACUGGAACCGUGCAAAUCAAUUCGGUGGCUUUUGUCACCACGUGAAAUUUACAGUUUGAGUUAUAAAUGGGUACAUUUGAAGGAUUCUUUGGAAUUGUGGAAGUGUAACUCUGUAAUAAGCACUGCUGGAAACAUGGAGCUUCUUGGAAAGGAUCUUCAUGUGUGUGACCACGGUGGACAAGAAAACUUGUUUUCAAGCUUCGCUCCAUUUGUGGCUUCCAAUUCUGUCUAUCUCAUGGUAUAUGAUGUGUCAAUACCACUGGAAGCUGAAGCUCAGUCAUCAGUUCGACUCAAUGUUGAAGGUGAUUAUCAGCACUUGCAAGUGAAGCUUCAUCACAUGAAAUACAACAAGGACUGGAUCAAGCAUCACUUGUCUGCCAUCAGUGUCAGUUCUGUGUCCAAACAUCAUCAAUUAGCAGAUGAGAGUAGGAGUGAAUCUGAAGAGAAACUUACAAAUGUCAGCAACACAGAGUCCACUGGAAAUGCUGUAGUAAAGAGUAGUACUCAAGGCAUUGGCUCAGUAUUUGAUUGUGUGUCUCCACCUGCUAUCUUUGCAGCCACUCAUGCUGAUAAAAUUGUUGGUAAAGAAGAAGAAGUGAUGAGAAAACAAGAUGCAGUUCUCAACAGAAUGUUACGUGACAAGCCAUACACAGGUCAUGUUUACCGUCGGCCACCAGAAAGCCAGUCAUCAUUGUUUAAGUCAGAGUUGUGUUUCUGUAUCGACAAUACAAAGUCACAUUCACCAUCACGGCUAUCCAGAAUAUUCCGAAGGAAAGAAGACCCUGAAUUAGUUGCACUACGAAAGUUGAUAAUAUCUAAGGUAGAGCAACAUUGUACACAAGAACUGAUUCCAGUCAACUGGUUACUGAUUGAAGAUAAGGUGUAUGAAAUAAGAGACAAGUCACAUGACAAGAUCAUUCCGUUUUUAAAGUUGUUACAAGUAGGUGUAGAGCAAUGUUUAAUGAAGUCGACCAUUGAAGUGUCUGAUGCUCUCUCUCAUUUGCAUAACUUCUCUAUUGUGGUCUACUUUUCAUCAUCUCCAAUCCUUCAACAUUGUGUAUUCAUUGAUGCUCAGUGGGUGUUCACCUCUCUCUCUCGUCUCUGUCCUUUUCAUUCUAAGGGUUUGCCUGCUAAUCUUCAAAAGGACUUCGAUAUGCUUACCAAGAAAGGCAUCAUGUCGCAAGAGCUUGCCAAUUAUUUCUUCCGCGAUCUGAAAGAUGAAGAUCGCAGCAAAAUGCUAGAAGCAGCACAACUGCUCGAUAUUGUGUCAAAACAUCAAACGUCUGAGCAGGAUAUUGAGUACUUUGUCCCCAGUGCUCUGCGGGAAGAAUAUGAAGUUAAAAUUGAGGUGAAAAGCAGUAGUAAUGAUAUCCCAAAGGUAACGUCUUCGUUGGGAUGCCGUUCCUUCGUGUUGAACGACACGAAAACUAACAUCCUGUAUAUGUUGAAAUCUGCGUUUCUUUCGUUACGCUGCUGCACAAUAUCUGAUUCUCUUGUACGUUCUGUCGACGUGAUUUGUAGGAUUUUGAAGAAACUAGGCAACGAAGACGUUGCGCAAUUUCUGUCUUAUUCAAGGCCAAUUGGGACUUGUAGUUUCGUCUUGAUCAACCAGAAACAACGGUCUGUUUCUCUUUCGUUAGCGAGGCCGAAGUUUGCGAAGCCGGGCGUCAUUUUCGAGGAAGGCGUGAGUUGCAAUGUGAAACGAGAGAUGAUUGCAGCUGUUUCGAAAGUUGAAGGUGCCUCUACCGGUAGUGGAUCUUGUCGACUUGAAGUGACCGAGAGCAGAUUGCAAGACCGUGUGCAGUCUGUAUCUAAUCGUAGAGUAACCCUUGAUUGUUCUAAACAUUUACCUUCUCAUUGGAAUGACAACUUGUUAGACUUCUUUGACUAUCCCGCUUUUCAAGAGCCAGAAGUAACAGGUUUACAACGAACAAGUUUAAAACGAACAGGUUUACAAGUGCUCGCACAAUCAGGUUUGCAACAAACAGAUAUACAACUGCCAGCAGGAAACACGGAUUUAGGACAAACAAGAGAAACAGGUUUAUCUAUUACUGGCACUACCGAUUCAGGUUUGUCAUUCGGUAAACCACGUGGUGCUCGACGCCUUAUAUUUGAACGUUCUUAA